ACAUAUGACAUGAUUGACACCUACGAUGACCUGCACACCAAACCCCAGUGGACACAUCUAGAUAUACACGCUUGUAGUGUUGACUACUUUAAUCAAUUGAUGUACGAUAUGAUUGAUCGCAUUGAGAUUGCUAUGAAAUUAGCCAAACGAUUGAUAGUUUGGGAUCCGUUUGGUUUGUUGACGAAUACUUCACAACUCCAGCGACUAUAUAGAGAUGUGUUGGCCGGCAAUGCCGUUAUAAUUGCGCCCAAACUUCUAAGUUAUUAUGUGUUAAGAUAUAUCCAAAUUACAUAUAACAAUGCCUAUCGAGAGGACAUUGAUUAUCACAUAUCGACUGCGGAUAUAAGCAAAACAUUUUACUUUUUGGCCGUAAAUAAUGAACGAUUAAACCAGUCGUUUGUCAAUCAAUUUAAUAAAAUUGUGAAACGUAUGCAACAAAACGGUGUCUAUGAGUAUAAAGUAAGCAAAUCAUUGAAACCUUUGGGUUUUGGUCCCGAUAUAUACGACAAACCGAUUGUCGAUAAGACAUAUGAUAUCAUAUCCAUUGAAGACAUCGUUGGCGUCCUAUGGCCAAAAAUCAGACGCGUCUGA